AUGGUCUUCGAGGCCUGGCAUGGUCUGUGUGGCUCAGCUCUCAGGUCCCCUGUGGCGGGGAGGGCGCCCGGCCUGCGGGCCCGGCUGGGGCUGCGCUCGCCCCGCGUCCCCUCGAGCUUUGCUCGCCCUGAGCUCCGCUGCUCCCGGCGGCCAGAACGCAGGGGUAGAGCAGUCUCCUCCGAGGCCCGGGGGACGGGCGGCCCAGCCGGUCCCGGGGCCACACGAGGCACAGGCGCCGCGCGGAGCCGCCCGCAGGCUUCCCCGCGCCCGGGCCGCCGCCCUAACAACCUCGCGCUUUGCUCCCCCAGGGCGCCUCUGCGGCCACCUCGUAGCGGGUUCGGGGCCGGCCCGCCUGCGCCAGCGGGAGCCCGGCCCGACCCGGGGACCAGAGAGUUUGUCACCGACGUGUGCGGGGCUGCGUGGGCUGAGCUCUACGCGCAGAGAAUGGAGUUUAGGGAAGGAAAGAGUGGAAGCAGAGAGACCAGCUGGACGAGGGGCUACGUCAGAGGGCAAGAUGGGAAAAUAGAAGGUGCUGAAGCUGAGAUGGUGUGAUGCUGAAAUCUACAGCAUCUCCUCCAAAGAUCAUUUGCACUCUUGUGUUUUAAUUUGGACUAAUUUUUCACUGUGAAAUGAAAUUCAUUUCUCUUGAAAUCAGAGGAGUGAUUGUUGCCCAGAUAGAACACGUUUAGCUGCCCACAACCGUGCUUUCAAGGUUGUCCGCUAACUUUGCGUAGAUGUGAGUAGAAUUAUUCUUUUUUUCCACCGUAAAAAUGUGUGACCAUUAUUUAGAGCAAUGAGUUCCUAUUAAGCUUUGUGUAAAGUUAAAUAAGUCUGCAAGUGAGACACUUGAGAUGUUAAUAGUAGUUUAUGGUGAAGAAGUAAUGUCAAGAGCGGGAGUUUUUGACUGGCACAAAAUGUUGAAAGAAGGCAGAGGUGAUAUCUGUGACGAUGUGGGAAGGGCUGUCCCAUUGCCCACAGAACACGUGAAAACAAUGAGAGGGUCAGAAAUUUGGUUUAUUUACAUAGUCAAUUAACUGUAAGAAAAAUGGCCGAAACGUGAAAUUUAGACAAAGAAACAGACUCAUGCUGAAAGAAAACCUGCAUGUGAGGAAAGUUGCUAGGAGGAUUGUAUCUCAUUCCAUUGUGGUUGAUGAUCCUGCGGAAGCCAAACAAAACCAGAGCUGCACGUGAACCUGCCACUUGGGUAUAUAUUCAAGGCACAAUCCUACAGUUUAGUUUCACUGGUCUUGGCGAAACUUCUGUCUGAAUCUAAAAUGAGCUGAGCUUCUACAUGUUCCCUUGGCUUCGUAGGUAUAUGAGUUGAGCAGAGUCAAGCCUGUAGUGUUGAGUGUGAUAAAGCAGAGAGCGUGGGGCUCAAGGUUUAUUAGGAACCCAGCAAACUCACCACGGGACUUAAAAUUUCUACCUUGUUUCUUCAGGGUGAGCGCAUUUGAAUAAUCAGUAGGUUACCUACAGGCUGAGCAGUUACACUUUCAACAGGAUGCUAGAGAUCAUUGUUACUCUGUAUGGAGAUAUUUCAAGAAAGAUAAGAAUGGCCAUCUUUAGGCAGAUAUUCAGACUUGUAAUAAUGAGACUUUUCGUAGUGGGAAAUUGAGCUCAGACAUGGAAAUAGGUAUUCAAAUCUGUCAUCAAGAAA